AUGGCUAUUCGGAUAAGAGAAAUUGAUAAAGAUGUAAAAUUUGUAUUUAAAAAGAAGAAAAAGGUGGCAGAAUUUGAUUGCAAUUUCGAUAAUCAUGAAGAGGCGUUUGGAAACGAUGAAACCAUAUUCGUCAAGGGAUUCGAUUGUUCCGUUUCUAGGGAUGAUAUCAAGAGCUCAUUGGAAAAACACUUCGGUUCAUGUGGAGAGAUCUUUAGGGUUUUUGUUCCGUUUGAGUGCCAAACCGGUUCUCCCUUGGGAUAUGCGUUCAUUGAUCUGAAGAAUGACGCAAAGGCAUUAACACUAGAUGGAAGUUAUUUGGGAAGUCUGAAGCUUGAGGUUGCCAUGACUAGCUCUAGAAAAGAAUUUCUUAGGUUUCCUAACUUAAGAGGGUGUGCACGUUGUCCCAUUAAUGUGAAACAUCGCAACUACAACGAGUUCGUGAGAACUUGUGGUGGUCGUAUUGCGCCCUGGACACCUGAGCUCGCUCAGGACAUCGCUGAGUUCCAGCAGGAUCUCGCUGAGCUUCGUAAGCAAAAACGUUAAAAACAAAAAAAACUUGCGACUCUUUCUGAGCGGAAAACCAGAGCUAAUAAUAAUAUCGGUCGUUUCAUCCUGCUACUUGUUUAUAUUUUUUAUGUCUUCAAGAAAACUCUUGCUAUUUUAGUUUCAUAAUU